AUGGCGUGCCUGCCCAUCGCCCCGCCGGCGCUGGCGUUGAGGAGGUGGCUGGGACACGGGCUCUUCGUGCUGCUCUGCCUGAGUUUAGGCUAUGCGCUGGAGAAGAAAGUAGUCAAAAGCAAACUGGGAGAAAAAGUCGGCCUGCCUUGUUGUCAUGAAAUUCCGAGCUCGGAAAGCCUACAUAAUUACCGGGUCUACUGGCAGACGAACACCACAGAGGUAGUGCUUGCUUACGCAGAGGGGAAGGAGAUCUCCAAGCACAAACGGUAUGAGAACCGGACAGAAAUGGACUCCAGGAACUUCACCCUGUGGAUCUCCCCCGUGGAAAUCCUGGACAACGGCCCUUACCAGUGUGUAGUUCAGCACAAAUCUUCGCAGAACUCAUUUGUUUUGUGUGAUGAGACUGUCACCCUCUUUGUUACAGCUGAUUUCAGUAAGCCGAACAUAACAGCAGACGUAUCCACUUAUUCUUGUGAAUCAACUGAGAUGGUGGUAAGCUGUUCUUCUCAUGGAGGUUUCCCCAAGCCCAAAAUCUCUGGAACCCUCAACAACGUGUCCGUGGUGUGGAACAUCAGCUGGGUGUCCGAGUCCAGCUUCAGCCCGUACAACAUCACUGGCGAACUGCGGCUCAACGUGACCAAAGACGUCAGCAUCACUUGCUCCGUUGAAUACAAUGGCUUUGCCAAGUCCACCAGUUUGCUUCUGAAAAAAACAAAUAACUGUAUUGUCCCUACUGUGCCUCCAUCUUACAAUGUCAUUACUGCUUCAAGUAUCAUCAUUAUCAUCUUCCUUUUGGCUAUCACCCUAGCAGCAAGAUACCUUCCAAGGCGUGUCUGUUCUCACUGUUGUAAGACUCAGGAUUCAGUGGAAGAGGGUGUGAAAGAAUGUACGAAGACACCCUUGAGCUCUAAAGUGACAUCUGAAACAUCAUCUGUAUGA